AAGGCCGCGGGGCAUCCCGGGAAACGUAGUUGCUGUUAGUCUCUUCCGAACGCUACUGAAUUGUGGCGUUCCUUGAGCCGCGAGGGGGAGAGCGCGCGGUGGCCGUUGUUGGUAGCGGUCUGGGAUGUUUCUUGCGCAGCUCUGAUGGCCGGCUUUUUGAUCCUGUCCUUGCUGCUGAAUUGCCUGUGGUGGAGCGGUUGCGGGGCAGUGUGGAGGUAUAGAACAAGCACCGGAAGGUAUUUUAUAUUUUCUACAAGAACUACUAUAUAUCUAGAAUAUGAAGGAACUGCAUUUUCAAGAUGGGAUAUUUCAACAUUUUGUACAAUUCAUGACGCAACGUCAAAAACAACAAAACUGUUUUGUCCAGUUCCUGGUUCUCAUAGGAUUCAACCAGUAGUUACAGUUCCAUCAUCUGAUGAUGAGGAGCGCUACUUAUCUAUCAGAGCAGAUAUGAACUGUUUCUCAUGGUAUAUUUAUCAAGAAGAACACAGGUUAUGGGAAACUGGUCCAACUCAGAUUAUAAAGGUAUGGUCAUUUGAUCCAGAAAACGCAGACAUGGAAGAAAAGCUAAACACUGCCAGUUCACCACCAAUAUAUUCUAGGACCCUUAGUAAGCAGUUCUGGAAUUUGGGACAGGCACCUAGCAUUCAAACAUUUACAGAAAUUGAAUAUUCUAGCAAAUCAUUUAAUAACGGAAUAUGGAUGUUUGAAGUACCUAGCCAAACAAAUGACAACGUGGCAACCAUCGUUGGCAAAGUAGUUACUUUUCAGGAUUGUUUUGUUAUAGAUGUUCCUUUUAUUAUUGCCCAGCCUAUAUAUAUAUUAGGCUCAAAAACAGGAAUUUCUGUCACUCUUCCAGCUGGUAGUGAAGCCAUAAUAGAAUGGUCUUCUUGUUAUCCAAGAACAGCUAUCGUAGUGACAGUUGAUGGUAUCUUCCACACUAGCAAUAGAUUUUUAAAUGUAGAAGAAAUAAAAUUUCCUUCAGGCCUCGUACCAUCUACCAUGAUUCACAAAGUCAAAGCAGUAGGAGCUGUUUUUCCAAAUGUCUUCAUUCUGAUUGAAAACAUGCUUUAUCAAGCAAGACUAGGCCAAGUUAUCAACAUUGGAGACGAUUAUUUUCCACAUGUAAAAUUUACUGGAAUACGAACCCAAACUUGGUGUUUUGGAGAAUAUCCUUUGUCUGAGAGAAAAUUAAGUGAAAUAAUUUUAUGGUCACAAACAGAAAUUUUCCUUGGAUAUCCUGAGAAUGAAUUUCAUCCAUUGAUAGAUGUACGACUAUUAAGAGAAAAACUAAAAUUACAAAGUACCGUUAGUCUAUUAAUAGUAUCUGCUUGCUAUGACUCACUUGUUGCUUCAAUUGCAAUACUGAUAGAAUGUACUGGCUGUAUAAGCAAAAAUAUAUUAUACCUGGUUAUCUAUAAAGAAGAUACAGCUGAAUGGAUCUUGAAAGACUUUAUCCUAGAUUUACCCACUGUUGGUACCAUACAUAUGGAAGUCAUACUUUCAGCACUAACAUCCAUGGUGUUGUGGGAUGAUGAUACCAUUUUCUAUACUUACAAAGAUCAUAAACAGUUUGGUUAUCUUCAGGAAGCUGAUACAAAAAGCAAAUUUUCAGCAGUAUCUAAAGGAUCUGUAAUUCAUCAAGUUAUUAUUGAUUACAUUGGAAAUGCCAUAGUAAAGCUGGAAAAUAAUGCUAUGUUUUUCUUCAAAUUUGAAGUGACAGAUAUUGUAAAGCUUACUGCUUGGGAAAACAGUCUUAAAAAGUUUAUAUUUUAUUGUAAUCCUUCUGGAGAUCUGUUUUUGCUGACAAUCAAUGGCACAAAUAUAACCCGCCAAGUAUAUCCAUUGAAAUUAGAAGUGCUUAGUGCUGCAUCAAAAUUGAACGACGUUUGCCCAUAUAUAUCAUUUGAAAACAAUUUGAGUCUCAAUAUUCAUUAUGUAGAUAUGGGAGACAAAGUGACAUUUUGGGGUCAGAUAGUAUUUUUAGAAAAUAAGGGUUUAUCAGUAGAUGUUGAAAUUUACAGGCCAGAACUGUUGAAGACUAAAGACUUUAUCAAUUAUGAAAUAGCUCGUGGAAUCUGCACUAAAAAUAAGACUGUAACAUUUUAUCAUGAAAGGGAUUAUUCCGAACUGCCUGAUUAUCGAACUCAGGUAGCAUUAUCUCAGGGUGUCAUGACAUUUGAAUUUCAGCCUUCAGAAUCUGGAAAAACAUGCUUAACAAAAAGCAAGCUUUCUCACAUACGUGUUGGCUGUCCUCCAUGGAAAAAAAUAAUUGUAAACAUGAAACCUUCAGAGUGUGAGAAUUUUACCUUCACUAUACCUUGGAGGUAUCUCAGAGACAAAAGCCGUAAAAGAAACAAAGUAGUAAUAUUUGAUAUAAAAAAAUAUGGAUGCCCAUUACAGAGCCAUUAUACUCAGGACUUUCUUCCUCAUGUUGAGAUAUAUGACGACCAACUCAUACCAGUUGAGGUAAAUUAUAUAUUGUGGGAGAUGAAUGGGAGGAUUGACUUUGUCUACAGGGCAACUAUGGAAAAGGUCCGUUGCUUAAAUACUGCACAGACUUGGAAUGAGAUGAUUAAAUUAUAUAAUAAAUCAAUCAAAACAAUUGAAGAUGUAGAUGAAAUAUGGGGACCUCAUAAUUACAAGUCCUGUUUUAAAAAAAGAUCAGAACAAUUAAGGAAACUGGAUAAAAAAUAUGAGAUCUUAAAUAGUUCUGGUUUGAACUUUUUAAAUUGGCCUCAGUAUGGCAGUACUUAUAUGUUCAAGCUGAUAAUACUGGAUCCAAAUUUCAGUUUUUGUAAUUUGUCUACAUAUUUUGCUGUCCAGACCUAUGGUAUCAUUGAAAGACCAAAUUGGAUUCAUGUUGCCGGUUGGAACAUCUUGCUAAUGACAUUAUUUUGGGGAGUCCUCAUCUUCAGCUACUUCAGAUAUGUGAAAAUAUUCCGGGCAUUCCCUUUUGUUGAUCCCCUGAUGUCACUUAGGCCAGCUGUCACUGCAGAAAAAGCAAAUGAUCAGCAGAAGAAAAAUUGAUUUAUCACAUUGGAUGAAGUAAUAUUUUCAGUGAAUUUCUAUGUUUAAUUUAUAAGAAAAAUGUUAUUCAACUUUUUACUUCUCCAGGAGUUAAUACAAUCUUAAAAAUACCUUUUAUUAUUAUUAUUGUGGAUUUUAAACUUUGAGAUAUUUUGCCUGCCAUAGAUCAUCUUUUACCAUGCACAGCACCUUUCAAAAAUUUAAAUUUAAACUUCCAGAUUGUCAGCUAUGCAUUUGGAGAAUACUUAGUUUGGACAAGGCAACCAUAGUUUGUUUUUCUAUCUUUUGUUAAUAUAACUUCCCAUUCUUAAACAGAAGUACGACCAUAGAAGAUUACUAGUAUAAAUGGAAAGGUUACAUUACUAUAUGCAGUAAAUAAUUGUCAUUAGGUGGAAACAUCGAUGCACCUUGUUGCCAAAAGGAACUGCUCUAAGUCAAUUUAAAAGAAGAGUAGUCCAAUUUAAUGUAAUAAGGAAUAUUUAACCUCAUUUUAAUAUAUGUCAAAUUGUCUGCCACUUACAAUAUGUAAGUAUUAAUAAAAAGGUCAAAAUAAAUUCAGUUGACUAAGUGA